GUAAUACUAAAUAAAGAAUCAAACAUCCGCCUCCCCUGUACGUGGGUUUGUUUGCAGCUCAGGAAGACAAGAACCGGAGAAAGAAUGGGCAGUUCUUCGCUGGGAUUAAGGCUGUCUGUGUCCCCUCUUCCUCAAAAUUUCUCCAAAACUGUCCAUUUGUCGCUCAAUCACUACUCUCCAGCCCAGCUUCUGUCUUCUUGUUCCGCUUCUUCAGCUCUCAGGAGUCGCGAUUCGCCACGGGCGUCGUCUAAUCGGACGCAUGCGGGGAUUCUGUUUUCUAUGUGCUGGUAUAGUGGCUUCAUGGAGAUGAUAAGAGAGCUCUAAGAAGUAACAGUGGUGUAACGAAUGAAGAUGAAUAUGCAACAACUCAGAUGUUUGGGUCGGAUGCAGAAGUUUCUGCUCAAAUUCCAACCCAAGCCCAAUCUGUUGUUGAUGGGCCUGGUGCAGUUCUGGUUGCAGAAUACAAGCCAGUUCCUGAUGUGGAUUAUUUACAGGAGCUAUUAGCAAUACAACAACAAGGUCCAAGAAAUAUUGGUUUUUUUGGAACUCGGAAUAUGGGAUUCAUGCAUCAAGAACUUGUUGAGAUUCUUAGCUAUGCUCUGGUUAUAACGAAAAACCAUAUUUUUACAUCGGGUGCCUCAGGGACCAAUGCUGCAGUUAUUAGAGGUGCGCUCCGUGCUGAGAAACCGGAACUGCUGACUGUCAUAUUGCCACAAAGUCUGAGCAAGCAGCCGCCCGAAAGCCAAGAGUUGCUGUCUAAAGUGAAAAAUGUUACAGAGAAACCUUACAAUGACCAUCUCACAUUGAUAGAAGCCGGCAGGCUAUGUAACUUGGACAUCAUCUCACAAGUACAGCAAGUCAUUUGCUUUGCCUUCCAUGAUAGCAGAUUGCUAAUGGAGACUUGUCAAGAAGCUAAAGACAUGAGGAAAAUCGUCUCUCUCUUUUACCUUGACUAAUCGAGAAGAUUCGAUAUUUUGCUGGAGAAAAUUGUCACCUGUUCCUUUGUAGAUCAUCAGAUUUAUUUAUAGAAAAAAAAUGUUACCUGCUUGGACAGGUUUAGAUGGAGUAGAGCCAUACUCAAUUGGGAGAGAGGGAAAAUUGGCCCCUUUUGUUCAUUUGUUAAAUGGUUGAGUAUAUUUAUUUGUGGUGGGAAGGGGAGUUUAUGGAAUGGCUCUAUUGACUUUGUUU